AUGUGGCACUCGGUGGCUCUGCUCCUUUCUGGAUUCUCUGCUUUGAUCCACGUGUCAUUACAGGGUCCUCACCAGAGGACCCUGCUGAAAAACCUCCUGAAGGACUACAACACAAUGGAGCGACCGGUGGCCAACGACUCCCAACCUCUUAACGUCUCCUUCACCCUCAGUUUGAUACAGAUCAUGGAUGUGGAUGAGAAGAACCAGGUGUUAACCACUAAUAUGUGGCUACAGAUGACUUGGUACGACCACUAUCUCCAGUGGAACCAGAGCGAACAUCCUGGGGUGAAAAAUCUUCGCUUUACCACGGAGCAGAUUUGGACCCCAGAUGUCCUCCUCUACAACAGUGCAGAUGAUGACUUUGACUCCACCUUUAAGACCAAUGUUCUGGUGAACUCCAGCGGCUAUGCUAAGUAUAUGCCCCCAGGAAUCUUUAUGAGCACAUGCAACGUGGAUGUUCGCUGGUUUCCUUUUGACAUUCAGAAAUGUGAGCUGAAAUUUGGCUCUUGGACGUAUGACGGUUGGCUGCUGGACCUCCAGAUGAUCGAAGCUGACAUUUCCGGCUACAUGCCCAAUGGGGAGUGGGACCUGAUAGGUGUUCCCGGCAAGCGGAGCGAGAUCUUCUAUGACUGCUGUAAGGAGCCCUACCCUGAUGUGACGUUUGUUGUUACAAUAAGGCGGCGGACACUCUACUACGCCCUGAACCUGCUCAUCCCAUGUGUGCUGCUCUCUUCCAUGACCUUGCAUUUUGUGCUGCCAGCUGACUCCGGGGAAAGACUAUCUGCAGGUAUCACCAUCCUGCUGUCGCUCACUGUUUUCAUGCUGCUGGUCGCAGAGAUCAUGCCAGCCACAUCUGACUCUGUCCCUCUUAUAGGUCAGUACUUUGCCAGUAUAAUGAUCAUCGUUGGGAUGUCAGUCAUCGCCACGGUGGUGGUUCUGCAGUAUCAUCACCACGAUCCAACUGGAGGAAACAUGCCCAAAUGGGUGCGGCUCGUUUUGCUGCAGUGGGUAGCAUGGUUCCUGCGGAUGACGCCCGGGGAGAGUGACGACCCAGAGCGGCCACCUUGUGCCCCCCACCUGCGCCGCUGCUCCUCGGGCUCACAGAGUGGAAGCAUCCCUAAUCCUCCGGACCCCACCCUCCACCCGUUGCACCCGCAAAACUGGCUCCUCUCCAAACAGGGCCGCUUCAUGCGGGGCACCCUCAACCUCCUCCAGACUCAGACCAGUGCUAACAACAAUGGAAAUCUUCUUUAUAUGGGUUUUCAGAGCAUGGAUGACCCUUCAGUGCUCCCGGACACUGUCCAGAGAAAUAACAUCUCCACAGGGCCUCCACGAGUAGCGGGAAGCCCACCUCCACACCUGCCGUCACAGUUCUGCAGCUCCCCUCCGCCUCCUACUCCUAAUAUAGAUACUGUAGGGUGUCCCAGCACUGUCUCCAGUGGUGGGGGCUUUGGAGGGGGAGCAGGAGGUCUUGGAGGGUGCUCCACCGUAGGGAUGGGAGACCCUCAGCUGCAGGCCAUCCUGGAGGAGGUGCGUUACAUGGCAGACCGUUUCCGGGAGCAGGAUGAGAACGAAAGCAUGGCAGAGCAGUGGAAAUUUGCAGGCGCCGUGAUUGACCGCCUGUGUCUGGUAGCAUUUAGCGUCUUCAACAUCAUAUGCACCAUCUCAAUCCUCAUGUCUGCUCCCAACUUUGUGGAGGCCGUUUCAAAGGAUUUUGUCUGA